UCUACACACCCUUUUUUUCUUGAUUAGGGCUGACAUCAUACUUGCUGUUUUUUUGGGGGAAGGGCUGGGAAAGUAAGAGACUGAGAGACAGAAGCUCAUUCCAGUCUUGUUUCCUGCUGUCUGCACUACAAUAAGAGACCCUAACCACCAACCACUAAAAUGGCAAACAAAGGACCAUCCUAUGGACUGAGCAGGGAAGUUCAGUUGAAGAUUGAUCAGAAGUAUGACCCCGAGCUGGAGAACAUCCUGACACAGUGGAUAGUCGCUCAGUGCCCUCCUGACUGUGGGCAUCCCGAGGAAGCAGGGAAGUCUGGUUUCCAGAAGUGGCUGAAAGACGGCACAGUACUUUGUCACUUGAUCAACUCUCUUGCCCCCGGUUCAGUGGCCAAAAUCCAGUCAUCAGCAAUGGCCUUCAAACAGAUGGAGCAGGUGUCCCAGUUCCUCAAGGCCUGCGAGAAAUACGGCAUUGCAGCUACUGACUUGUUCCAGACAGUUGACUUGUGGGAAGGAAAGGACAUGGCCAGUGUCCAGCGGACUCUGAUGAACCUGGGUGGUAUUGCGGUUACAAAGAGCGAUUGCCAGUUCCGUGGAGAUCCCAACUGGUUCCCAAAGAAAUCCAUCGAGAACAGACGUGAAUUUUCCAAAGAUAAAUUAAAAGAAGGGCAGAGCGUCAUUGGUCUACAGAUGGGCACCAACAAAGGAGCUUCCCAGUCUGGAAUGACCGGCUAUGGCAUGCCAAGGCAAAUCCUCUGACCGACCAAAUCACCAAGAUACACCUGACCAGAUUACCAAGCAGAUUAUCCACUCAUCUCCUAGGUCCUCUCUCUCUCUCUUUCUUUCUUUCUCUUUCCUCUCGGGACAAUACCCACCCCCCUAGAUUUCGGCAUCAAAAAAACCUGUAGACUCCAAACAUGGUCCCACAUAUGCCCUCCCCAAACCAUUUUUGCACCGUUUUUAAGAGAAACUCGCAAAGUAUUUAAUUUUUAAAUGUCUAGGAAAUAAACGGGUUUCUUUGAGGGUGCAAUGUGAUGCCUUAACAUUCCACACUCUCCUGCUAUGCUGUUGUUUUGUAUAUUCGUGACCAAAAUCAAGUGGAUUUUUUUUCCUAAACUUGGUUCUCUUAAUCCUGUGGUUGGUGAGAUCUCCUCCUGUAGAGCGACCUCCCCCAGGCUUCAUUGUCAUUGAACCAAUAGUGCAAAAGGGAACGCAACUAUGAAGCUGUUCUUUGUGGUCUAUUCCUAUUGACAGGUAUGGGACCUGAGAAUCCCACGUCUCUGCAUCCAAUACUGUUAAAUAUAUAUAUUUCUGAUCCAAAUAAAGACCAAUCUAUGUUUAUAAAUGUGAGUCUUCUUGGCCGAUAACUGUAAAAGUCUAAUUAUAAUUUUCUUCGGGAUUAGGGCACCUGCAAAAUGUCCAUAAAACCCAAUGUGGGUAGUGGGUGCAAAAUAGGUCUACAUAUA